AUGCAGCGUACACCUGUACAUACAUUUCCGGCUGCAAAGCCUAUCGUACCAGAUUCUGACAUUAAUUUACAAACUGAAGAUAAUUCUAAACCAGAUAGUAGAUAUUCAAAAAGUAGUAGGUCAUCAGUUGUAAGCAAAACCCAAAGUCAGAUUAGGGCGUUAGAGUUGGCUAAUCAGAUUGAGGAGGAGGAGCUUGAAACCGCUCUAGAGCAGGAUCGGAUUUUGGCUGAACAAAAAUUGGAAGCUCUUAAAAUUAAAAAAGAGCUAGAACUGAAAAGUCAGCAAAAGAAGGCAGAAUUUUUGAAGAGAAAACGGGAACGAGAGUUGCAAAUUUAUGAAUUGCGCUCUGAUUCUGGGUCUGUUAGUUACAGUUCGUCACAACGAGUUCACAAGUGGGUGAGCGAAAUCCCAGAUGAAAGCGACGAUCGACGACCUGACGAGUCUAUCGAAGAAGCUGCACGUACCAAGAUGGAAGCUAAAGGUAGCUCUCCAGGAAUGAACGAGGUCUUAACGCAAGCAUUCAAAGCGCUCCAAGUUCGUCAAAUGAAAGAUUUACCUGUAUUUUCUGGAGAAGUCCCUGAGUGGCCGAUUUUUGAGAACGAGUUCAAGACGUCUACAACGGAGUUCCAGCUAACAGACCGUGAUAACCUGAGAAGACUUAACAAGGCGCUUCAAGGAAAGGCGCGCAAAGCUGUUGAAGCACUACUGUCGUCACCUGAAAAUGUCCAUCAUAUUAUGCGAAUGCUGAAAUCAAACUUUGGUCGAUCCGAGUGGGUAGUUGCAAAUAGGCUGGAUACUUUACGGAACCUUGAGUUUGUCAAGGACGGAAGUAUUGAAUCUUUUCGUACAUUUUAUAACGCAGUUAUCGGUACCGCUGUUGCAUUAAAAAACGCCAACGCAAAAAGCUACCUAAUGAAUCCCGAACUUAUUUCGCACCUGGUGGAAAAGCUACCGGCGUUCAGCAAGCAGAUGUGGAUUCGACACAAAGCAUCUCUGAUGAAAGAAGACAGAGUAAUUGAUUUCGACACAUUUUCUCGGUGGUUGGAGGAUGAGAUGGACAAUCAACUGGCGAGUAUGAAUCCAAUUUUCAUGACAAAAAAGCCAACUUCAAACCCUCGACCAAAACCGCCUGUGUUUAACAUUACUACUCCAGAUGAUGAGAAUGAGCACAUGCAGUGCCCUUUGUGCAGUUCAAAGGAUCAUUUGAGCCUUGCCAAAUGUGAUCGGUUUUCUAAACUAUCUCUGGAUCAACGUCGAUCUGCAGCAAGAUCUUGCCGAGUAUGCUACGUCUGCCUGAAGACCGACCAUACGCGUCAGAAAUGUAAAUCUAACAGGACCUGUUCCAUCUGUAAAAGUAAUCACCACGAGCUUGUACACUCAGAUGACUUUCAAAGACCAUCGAACCGUAAACCUUCGGAUAAAUUUGCAUCCGAAGAUUUAUGUAAUGUGAAUGCUAAAAAUGUGAACACUCUUCUCCGCGUGGGCAAAGUGCAAAUACGUGGUCAAGGUGGUAUCCAUAACGUGUUCGCUCUUUUCGACGAGGGUUCUUCCCUUACAAUGAUAGACUCUACACUUGCCGAUGAAAUGGGAUUAGUUGGUCCUAUAGUACCGGUAACGUAUCGUUGGACAAACGGAAUCUCGCACAAGGACGAAGAAUCGACGGUGAUCUCCUUUUUAAUAUCAGGGCCUUCCCAACAAGCAAAAUGGUUCCAAUUGAAUAAUGUUCGUACCAUUCAGAAUAUGAACCUGCCACGUGUCAACUUUGAUCUGGAAAAGAUUAAAAAAAUGUAUCCGUUACUCGAUGAAAGUAAACUCAGUACGAUUCAAAAUGCUUCGCCGAGAUUGUUGAUAGGCUCGAAUAAUGCUGGUCUUAUAGUGCCUCUAAAGACAAUACAAUAUUCACUGAGAGGUCUCCAACUAACCCGGUGUCACCUAGGUUGGACCAUUCAUGGAGAAAUAGAACCAACGUUGGCGGUGGCAGCAGAUUCUCUCCAUGUUCUCCUUUGUUCAAAUAAUAAUGAUACGGAGCUAACAGCUUUAAUGAAGAAUAUGUACAAGAUUGAAGAGUUCGGCAUAACUCGCCAGGAAGAUAAAUUUUCAGAAGAAGAUCAACGUGCACUUGACAUCAUGAACAGAACACUGAAGAGAAUCGGUGAUCGUUUCGAAGUUGGGCAAAUAUAUAAAUAUAACAAUUUUACGUUUCCUGAUAGCAAAGUACAAGCAUUGCGUCGUCUGCAGAUAAUGGAAAGAAAAAUGGUUGGUGAUCCAAAAUUUGCUGAGAUGUACUGCAAGAAAAUAAAUGAUUACCUCCAAAAAGGGUAUGCAAGGAAGCUGCAGCCAGAUGAGCUUUCGGAGCCUCCCAAUACAUGGUAUUUACCACAUUUCAGCGUUGCGAGUGGUAAUAAGUUUCGAUUGGUGAUGGACGCGAAAGCUAAGUCAAACGGUUUUUCAUUAAACGACCUAUUGCUGAAAGGUCCAGAUUUUGUACCCCCUCUGACUGCGGUAUUGAUGCGAGGAAGAAAGAAAAAGGUGGCGUUCUUGGCAGACAUAACAGAAAUGUUUCAUCAGGUACAAAUUCGCGAAGAGGAUCAACAUUCACAGCGUUUUUUCUGGCGUGGCAUGAAUCGAACCGAUCCACCUGAGACGUAUACGAUGACGGCUAUGAUUUUUGGUGCGGUAUCAUCUCCGUCCAUAGCUCAGUAUAUAAAAAACUUUAAUGCAAAAGAACUUGAAGAACGUUUACCAGGAGUACAACGAGCCAUCGUGGAGCAGCACUACGUAGAUGAUUAUUUUGAUAGUGCUGAUACCGACGAAGAAGCUAUCGAGUUGAUCGAUCGCGUAAUCACGGCUCACGACCAUGGCGGUUUCAAAUUGGGGAAAUUUGUCUCGAACUCAGACUCUGUCAUACAGUCAUUGGAUCCUGAGUUGAGAGCCAAUGUUGAUAAACCAGAUGACGUGAAAGUUUUGGGUUUGAGAUGGAACGUUGCGACUGAUGAAAUUGUUUUUCCGUUGGACUUUCCUAAGAUUGGCGAUAUUCUUCGAUCCACUGAUAUGAUUCCCACCAAGCGAGAGCUAUUGAAGUUUAUGAUGGGAAUUUUUGAUCCGUUAGGAGUGCUUAGUCCGGUAACAAUCCAUUUGAAAAUUCUGUUUCAAGAUUUGUGGCGCUUGCAAAUCAAUUGGGAUGAUGAGAUUCCCGAUGGUUUCAUUCCGAAAUGGGCAGAGUGGUUAGAGGAAACAGCAAAGUUACGUGAUGUCAGAAUUCCCAGGUAUUACUUUCCGGAGCUUCCAUCGUUUAACAACGUCGAGCUGCAUGCUUUUUGCGACGCGAGCGAUAAAGCUUUUGCCUGCGUGAUUUUCAUGGUACACCGAAAUCCGAACAAAAGCUAUGUGACUCAGGUAUGUGCGAAAUCAAGGGUCGCUCCGUUGAAAUCGCAAACGGUUCCACGACUUGAACUUCAAGGUUGUGUCUUGGCUAGUCAGGUGAUGAAGAUGGUGCAGGAAGAGAUGAAGGUCGAAGUAACCUCGAUUCAUUUUUGGACCGACUCGAAAAUUUGUCUUGGUUGGCUUUCGACAACGGAGAAACUAACUGCCUACGUUGGAUCCCGUGUAUCUAAAAUAAAAGAGAACGGUCAUCAUACGGCAAUGUGGCACUGGAUUCCGUCGUAUCUUAAUGUUGCUGAUUUAGGAACAAAAUGUUCGAAAUUCGCCAACAUAGCGGAAUGGUUGAAAGGCCCCGAAUUUCUAGCUCAAGAACGUAAGUGUUGGCCAGCUCCCGACGUGGUAGAUUUGACUUCGGAAGAAUCCAACAAUUUUCACGACGAGCUUGUCUGUAUCCGUGAUGAAGGUUUAUGCUACCAGAUUGCUGAAACGAUUGACCUCCAACUUCCCGACAUCAAAAGGUUUUCCGAUUACAACAGACUGAUUCGAGCGACUGCGUAUUACCUGAAAAUGAAAAAAAUACUUGCCCUUCCUAAAAAAGAAAAGCCUGAAACAUUCAAGAUAGACGUUCACGACAUGACCAAUGCUAAAAAUGCUUGGUACAAGAAGGUGCAGAUGGAAUGUUUUGCAGAAGAACGACGGUGCCUAGAAACUAAAGGUUUUGUGAAAAAGUCGAGCCGUUUGUUUUCACUUUCGCCAUUCAUCUCCGAUGACAUUAUUAGAAUGCAGGGACGCAUCCAGGAUGAUGGGCAUCCUUUUGGAAUGAAUAACCCUGUAAUACUACCAGACAAUCAUGACUUUACAAAUUUGCUUAUACGGAUGUAUCACAUCGCAAACUGUCACCAAGGAGUGGAUACUGUUGUGGGUAAUUUGAGAUUGCGGUAUCGCAUAUUAAAAAUCCGAUCGCAGGUAAAAAAGUACGCUCAUGUAUGUGUAACAUGUCGUGAACUUCGUGCAAAACCGACCGUACCGCAGAUGGGAGAUUUACCAAAGAUUCGUACGACACUGUUUGUUUACCCUUUCACUCACACUGGAAUUGACUAUUUUGGUCCGUUAACCAUUAAAGUUGGACGUCGCCUGGAAAAACGCUGGAUGGUGUUAUUCACCUGCAUGACGAGUCGAGCAGUGCAUUUAGAAAUUGUACCGUCCCUGGACACAAACAGCUGCAUUAUGGCUAUAAGAUGUUUCAUGGCUAUUCGUGGUGUACCCCAAAAGAUCAACACAGAUAAUGGUACAAACUUUACUGGGGCCGAUCAAGAAUUGAAACGGUUGACUAAGGAGCUUGAUCACCAACAAAUCGAGGAAACAUUGAGCGUCCGAGGUGUGGAGUGGUCAUUUAUACCUCCAGGAGCUCCUCAUUUCGGCGGAUGCUGGGAACGCUUGGUUCGUUCAGUGAAAUCCGCCCUUGGUACAAUGUUGAAAGAGCGACAUCCAACUGAUCUUGUGCUACGAACAGUACUAUGUGAAGUUAUGAACACCAUCAACAACCGCCCUUUAAUACCCAUAUCAGACAAUCCGCAAGAUCCUGAGCCGCUAACACCGAAUAUGUUGUUGCUGGGGCGAAACAAUUUUAUGCAAUACGAUCAUGAUUUUGAGGAACGAGAUUUGGACUGUAGAGCUGCGUAUAAACAUGCACAAAUUUACGCGGAUCGUUUUUGGAGAAGGUGGAUUUUUUUAUAUCGUCCUGAGCUAUUGAGACGACAAAAAUGGCCAGACAAUCGAAACUACCAUGAGUAUGUUGUUGGCGAUUUUGUGAUGAUCGUGGAUGAAAACAUGCAUCGAGGAUGUUGGCCAAAAGGGAUAAUUGAGAAGGUUCAUUAUGGCCCAGAUCGAAAGAUUCGAACUGUUGUUAUUCGUACCUCAAAAUCUGUAUACACUAGACCGGUAACAAAAAUCAUUCUACUAAUACCUAAAUCCGUGGCUGCCCCGGAGGAUGUUAGAAAUUAG